AUGGAGCUGAGCCGGCAGGGGUGGGGGCUGGUGCUUGGGGCAGGGGACCACCCUGAAGGUCUGCUGCUCCAGUCCAGACAGACCCUCGGACAGACAGACAGUUGGACUCUUGGCCUGGCUGUGAGGCUCAGCGGGGGACAGUCUUCUCUUCUGAUGGCACUGUUGCUGCUGCUGACCUGCCUCCAUCCGGGGAUGAGUCUGGCGGCCCCAGAGCGCAUCAGCUAUGCGCCCCAGCUCUCAAGCGCCACCCUGGCAGGGAGACUUACCCAGUCCACCUUCACACUGGAGCAGCCGCGGGGCCAGUUCAGUCACCUUAACAUCGCCGACUUUGAUGCCAUCUGGCUGGUGUUGGCCCACAGCAAUGCCACCCAGAGCUUCACUGCCUCACAGAGGGUGGAGGACACCCCAGUCCCUGCCAACUUGCCCCAGAGGGGCUACUAUGUCAUGCUGAGGGCCAACUGAGCACUCUACCCAGGCGGCCAGCCCGGCAACGAGCUCCGGGUCCUCCGUGUCGCCAACGAUACCCGCUGCUCCCCGAUGACAAGGGGCUGCCACCACCCCCUCCCGGGCCCGGGCCCCUACCGAGUGAAAUUUCUGGUGGUGAGAGACAGGGGACCCAUGGCUGAGACAGAGUGGUCCAGUGAGACCCGCCUGCAGCAAGCUGAGGCACUCCAGGCUGCCCCAGGGCCCCAGUGCGCGGGCACCGUGGUCAUCGUUGCCAUCCUGUCUGUCCUGCUGGCCAUCCUCCUCACCGCCCGCCUCACCCUGCUCAUCUACACCUGCUACGACACCUGUGGGAGCACGUCCAUCUCUGGCCCAGGGGAGCUGGCGUGCAUGAGAAGAUAG